AUGGGCACUGGCGGCUUGGUGGUCUUCCGGAGCCAGAUCGGAGGCAAAACCGAGGUCUACCUCAAAGUGAAGUUCCAUGCUGACGGCGAUUAUUUCAGCUUGGGAUUUAAGUUGGCCAGAUUUCUGUCAGGCGUAGUUUUUACCAACGGGCUGUCUGGCUUGGAUUCCUUGGAAGGCCCACUGCUGAAUCCAGAUCUGGCAGGUUUUUUCCCACCAGAGCGAGUGGAAGAGGUGAAGCGCCACCAACUUGAGAAGUUGAAAAAUCACAAGACAGUCUGUAACGGUUUCGACUGCUUGGUGGCUCAGUUUGUCUCCCAAUUCAAGCAUGGCCCUGGUGGCCUGUACAUUCUUCCCUUGUCAGCCCCUUUGGAAUGUGAGUUUGUGUAUGUCGUGGACUACGACUAUGGCUCCGAAUCGUCGGCCUUCAACCUCACCACCUGGCAGGGCAAAGGAGAGGAGAUGAAAAAUCUGACCCUCGCAGCCUUCCGCAGCCUUUGCAACUACGUGCUUCCCGAGGACCCGCAGCCUGAGGCGAAGCCUUUGAAGAAGCAGCGGGUGGAGUCACCGUCCCGUGGAGACGGUCAAAGUGGCAGCUGCUCCUUCGAAAGCGUGGAUGGAACUGGAGGAUGA